GAUGUGACUGUGUGAGUCCUGUCAUGGCAUGUCGUGGGGCGAUUCUGGGUCGCAGUGAUUUAUUCGUAAACUGUUUCCUGAAGUCCAGAUCAUCAGUUACAGCUUGGUGCAUUUUCACAAACACACCCACAUAGUCACUGUUCAGGUCCAGAAACCACCAGCCUGCAGCCCCAAAAGGCCCCAGCACAGGCACCCUGUGGUGCUGCUGUCUGGCCUGGACGAGUCUGCCUAUUGCUCACUGAAUAUAAACAGAGUCAAAGCAGGGAUUCUUAUGUCUGACCUCUUUGUCCUGUGUGUAGCUGAAAGCAGUCUCAUUUCUGCGUAGUACUGCGUGGCAGGAAUGCACCCAGCUGUCUGCUGUAGAUGGAGGGUCUCAGUUACUUGCUGUACUUCCUCCAGACAGGACUGUUGUUCUAGUAACUCUCAGCAAUAAAGGAACCAAUGCGGUCUCCGACUUUUCUGGCUUGAGUUUUGCUCUUGUUGCCCAGGCUGAGUGCAGUGGCAUGAUCUCGGCUCAGUGCAGCCUCUGCCUCCCUGGUUCAAGCGACUCUCCUGCCUCAGCCUCCUGGGUAGCUGAGAUUACAGGUGCCCACCACCACGCCUGGUUAAUUUUUGUAUUUUUAAUAGAGACAGGGUUUCGCCACGUUGUCCAGGCUGAUCUCGAACUCAAGUGAUUGCUCACCUUGGCCUCCAAAGUGCUGGGAUUACAGGUGUGAGCCACCGCGCCUGGCCUUUUCUGGCUUCUUAUACUAACUCACUCUGCAGAAAACACAGAGACCAGGCAGGUGCCGCUGUGGAUUCUGAAGAGCUUUAGCUGCAGCAGUGGUGAAGAGCCAGAGUGGGAAGCCAAAACCGCUCCUCCUUGGGCUGGUCCCAGCCUCUCUCAGCGGGGAGGAGGGGUCUAGUCCUGGCGUGCAGACAGUGUUCUGUGGCUGCCGUGUAUUGGACAGACUGGGAAGACCGGAAUGCCACUGGGGGCAGGUGGGUUAGGUAGGUUGGCCAGAGGGCUCACAUCUGGGUUGAAGGAAACGGGAUAAAAGCCACUUGAGUUUCCUGGGCCGGGAGCUGAGCACUGCCCAUGUCUCCACCUCGCCCUCCCGUGUGCAUGGUUUUCUUCUAGCUCUUGUGCACAUUCUCACGUCCACCCCCAUCACCUUUAUUUCUGCUGGUGCUUUUUGGAGUCAGACCCACAGACUGCAUCAGCAUCACCAGGCAGUUUACUUCCUGGAGCCUUUUCCAGAACUGUCAAGCAGACUCUGGGGGCAAGGCCUUGGGAUCCUCAUUUUAAAUACAAGGUUUAGCCCUUUGUUUCAGGAUGGAUUUCUGCAGCCACUACUUCCCAGCUACUGUCCUUUGUCCUGCCCAGGUUUUCAGAACCCGAUGCUGCCACUGGCGACCCACACCCCCUCAGCUGCUUUUCAGAACCGCACGAUAAAAUCUGCCCUGAAAGCUGCUGCAGCACUGUCUGUGCUCACAGCACCCACCACACCGCCCACAGGCCGGCAGUGUCUGCGCUCACAGUGCCCACACCACCACCGCCCACAGGCCGGCACUGUCUGCGCUCACAGUGCCCACCACACCGCCCACAGGCCGGCACUGUCUGCGCUCACAGUGCCCACACCACCACCGCCCACAGGCCGGCACUGUCUGCGCUCACAGCGCCCACCACACCCCGCCCACAGGCCGGCAGUGUCUGUGCUCACAGCGCCCACCACACCCCGCCCACAGGCCGGCAGUGUCUGUGCUCACAGCGCCCACCACACCCCGCCCACAGGCCGGCAGUGUCUGUGCUCACAGUGCCCACACCACCACCACCCACAGGCCGGCACUGUCUGCGCUCACAGCGCCCACCACACCCCGCCCACAGGCCGGCACUGUCUGUGCUCACAGCGCCCACACCACCACCACCGCCCACAGGCCGGCACUGUCUGCGCUCACAGCGCCCACCACACCACCACCGCCCACAGGCCGGCACUGUCUGCGCUCACAGCGCCCACCACACCACCCACAGGCCGGCACUGUCUGCGCUCACAGCGCCCACACCACCACCACCGCCCACAGGCCGGCACUGUCUGCGCUCACAGCGCCCACACCACCACCACCGCCCACAGGCCGGCACUGUCUGUGCUCACAGCGCCCACACCAUCACCACCGCCCACAGGCCGGCACUGUCUGCGCUCACAGCGCCCACCACACCACCACCCACAGGCCGGCACUGUCUGUGCUCACAGCGCCCACCACACCACCCACAGGCCGGCACUGUCUGUGCUCACAGCGCCCACCACACCACCCACAGGCCGGCAGUGUCUGCGCUCACAGCGCCCACCACACCCCGCCCACAGGCCGGCACUGUCUGUGCUCACAGCGCCCACCACACCACCACCCACAGGCCGGCACUGUCUGUGCUCACAGCGCCCACCACACCACCCACAGGCCGGCACUGUCUGCGCUCACAGCGCCCACCACACCACCACCGCCCACAGGCCGGCACUGUCUGCGCUCACAGCGCCCACCACAUCACCGCCCACAGGCCGGCAGUGUCUGCGCUCACAGUGCCCACCAUAUCACCGCCCACAGGCCGGCAGUGUCUGCGCUCACAGUGCCCACCAUAUCACCGCCCACAGGCCGGCAGUGUCUGCGCUCACAGCGCCCACCACACCCCGCCCACAGGCCGGCAGUGUCUGCGCUCACAGUGCCCACCACACCCCGCCCACAGGCCAGGCCAGCCAGGCUUCCGAUUCUGCCCUUUCCUGGAGACCCAUCCUCCUCCCUCCGGGAGUGAAGCCCGCUGGUCAGCUGGAGCGAGCCUCUCUAUUGCUGAAAAGCCUUUUCUGACACUCCUGCAUCUUUAGUUUGGGACAAGGACCUCCCACUACCAAACUUAAACCACAUGAGGGCAGGGGCUUCAUUUUUAAGCAGUUGGCUUUAGUGAGGCUGGUGGUGAUGAACUAGCAACACCAUCUUGCCCUGGUAGGUGACUUCCCCCAGCACUGAGUUGGAACAAAGCAGCAGCUUUCUGUGUGGAAACAGCAUUCAGUUUGGUGAUCCUUCUAUGUAAGAAUACAAUCUGAUGUUUUCUAAAUUAAUUAAUACAAAAUACAUAUUGAUAAAACAGUAAAGAUUACAGAUAGAUUCAUUACAAAAUUUUUAUAAUGGGUAUAAAAUCAGCAGUCCCCUUGCAUAAGCUCUAACCACAGUGAGCUACCCUGUUUCAGCUGUAACACAGUCUCCUGUGAAUCACAAGAUACAUUAACUGCUGAUAAUUUUUCU